AUGAUUAGACAGGAAAUAAAAGUUGAGAAAAUGAAAAGUGAUAUGCAACUUACGGAGCAACGAGUACUCGAUGCUUUAGAGAAACUGAAAACGGAGAGAAGUGAAUUCAAAAAGAAUCUUAUGAAAAAAGAAGGUGAUAUUGAAGUGCUGAAGACAAAAAUGGACGAGGAGCUGAAAAGGAUGAAAGCAAAAACUGACGAAACAAUGGAUAACUAUUCAAAAGAAGUACAGAAAAAAAAGGAACUGGCAUUGACCCCAAUUAUUGCAUUUAAAGCAGACACGGUCAAUGAUAGAUCGCUACGAAACAACAAGGUGUUUGUCUACUCAAAUAUCAUUCUCAACAUUGGCGAUGCUUAUAACAAAGACACGGGUGUGUUUGUAGCACCCGUUAGUGGAGUGUAUCUGUUUACAGCACAGGUGUGUUUGACAGCCAACAGUUGGUUUUAUGUUGGAAUCGUCGUAAAUGGUAAACUUAUGUCUAAAACAGGAAUAGGAGAAAAAACAUGGGAGAAAUGUUAUACAAUUGAUGCGAUCACAGAGGUUGAAAAAGGAAACGAAGUAUCGGUAAAAUGUACAGCCAGCUGUGACAGCAAUGAAAGAUUAUUCGAAAACUCAAACACAAACAGCUUCUCUGGCGUUCUUAUACAUAAACAGUUUAAAUAA